AUGCAAGAACAACUGGAGGAACAAGAUACUGAGACUGAAUUUACGCAAGAACUUGAAAUUUCUUUCUCUGGAGUUGAAGUUGUUGUUUCCCCUUCCCCUGCCUCUUUGGGAAGCGAAUACCAUGUUACGUGGGAUAUUUUGACCGGUGGGAAUAAUGUGGUUGAGUUAGCUCGAGUACUAACAAGAACUUUUCCAGGAAACAGUAUCACAAUCAUUCAGCCUUAUAUGCAAAAGGAAUUGUUAGUGCUCCAAGAGACAAACAUUGAUAGAAUGGGAGCAUUUUUAGUCUAUGCACCCAUAGAGUUACCAAAAGUCACUUCAAUUGUCAAAGGAGGUGAUGCAACAAAAGUUCCCAUUUUGCCCUUAGGUAUAAUCAUAAGUCCCGACGGUCGCCUCUCCUCGGAUAGGGACAGUACUGCAAAUGCACAAAAUGGGUCAAUUUUGAUAGUGGCUUUUCAAAUAUUGAUUUGUGGUCAUAAUAAUUCAACCUCCCAGCAGCAACAAAUGGAGAGAGGCCAAUCAAGUAGCGGAUGUGCUUGCAAAGAAGGCUACAGAGUUAACAUACCCUGCAUAUAUCUCCUUUUCCAUUUAUCAGAAUUUUCUGCAAUCCUCCAAAGGAGACUAUAA